CCUUCCUCUUCCUCUUGUAUUCCACCAUUCUUUCCAGACCCCACCGUACGUGGCGACACAUUCUUUUCCCUCAGUAACCCUUUAACUCCCUCCUCCCUCCUCCCUCAACCGGCUCGAACUACGGCAGUGCCUUAGGUUUAAACGUUGCGCCAUCACUGAAACAAUCUCUCAAGCUCCAAUCCUCUCCUCUACAACCUCAGAAGAUAUAAUCAACCCUUUUUAGUCUCUUUCCCGGUCUAUCUUCUUCUUUUAUUCCUCCUUGUCGAUCGUUUGUUUUUCUUCCAUAUCGUCGCUUUGACGCUCCACUUCUUUUUCUGGAGCUAAAAGAAGUAUCGAUAUUCACUUCUCUUCUUUCAAAGACGUCACCGUCAUCAUCCGUUUGAUACCUCUUAUCGAACGAUAAACAUAAACUGCGAGAUUUGUUGAGGAAGAAGUAUUGAACAUAAACAUACAAGUGGUUCCUUCUUCUUCUUCUCUCCACACAUUCCGUUUCUUUCAAUACCUCCCUUCUUCUCUUCGCCACCAUCGAUCGAAUCUUCACACAAUCAUGUCGUUCAAUCUAUUACAAUGGACGACGGUUUUGUUAGGUUUAGCGACCAAAGUGUUGGCUACUUCCGAUGCUUGGCAUUUGGAUUAUAUCAUCAAUCUGGCACAAGAAGAGUUGGAUCCGAUCGUUAGUCCUAAUCAGGUAUCUUCGCAUAUGCACUCUAUCAUUGGUGCAUCAAACUUCGGUGCCAAUUACAACUACGAUCAAUACUUCGGUUCAUCAUGUACGACACUCUACAACCAAGCCGAUAAAUCCGCUUAUUGGGUACCACAAUUAUAUUGGUAUGACACUUCUUUAGGUGCUCAACCAUUCAUAGCACUUCGUUCUUCUUUCCGAUUUUAUUAUUUCUUAGGAAGAAACUCUCCACCUCAAGCUAUUCAAGCAUAUCCUAAAGGUUUACGAAUGUUAGCAGGUAAUCCUAAUAAUAAAUCACCUACUUUUGUCAUUCAAUAUAAUUGUCAAAUAAACGAUGAUUUAUCAAACCCUAUCAUUCAAGAUAAUUUCAAUUUCGCAAACCCAUGUAAAAACGGUUUGAAAACUACCAUUUAUUUUCCACAAUGUUGGGAUGGUAAAAACCUUUAUUCUUCUGGAACGACACAUAUGUCAUAUCCACCUGAUACGAAUAAUUUCCGUGAUGCUCCUUGUCCCAUCACUCAUCCGGUUCGUGUACCACAUAUACAACUUGAAGUCGGGUGGUUCCCUGCAGAGGUAGCACCUGGUCAAAAUCUUGCUGGACAUUUGAUUUGGGCAAAUGGUGAUACUACUGGAUAUGGUUUACAUGCCGAUUUCGUCAAUGGUUGGGAUGUGGAUGUUUUGAACAAGGCGCUUAACACGGAUGGUUGUGUUCAUGUCAACACUGAGAUUCCAAUGCAACAAUGUCAAGUUUUCACUCCUUAUUGGAACGGAGACGCGGCACUCAACUGUAAACCAUCCCGUGGUAUUCUCGCCGAACCAGAAGGAAACAAUCAACUUCAAGCCGUCAGUAAAUUACCUGGUUGUAAUCCACCUUGGGGUGCAACAGGUUCAAAACCUACUUGUUCAAGUACACCAGCUCUCGACGUCAGUAAACUUACCGGUACCGAUGGAGCCUACGUCGUACCCGAUAACGAAUUACAAAACUUUGUCAUGCCGACUAAACCAGGUUGGCAAUCUAUCGGUUGUCUUUCAGCUUAUACGGCUGUCGAUGGUGCGAAAACAUAUACCGACGCUGGUUUAACACCACAAAGAUGUCAAGCUACUUGUGCUCAAGCUGGACAACCUUUCGCAGGUGUAGGAACAAGAAGUAAUAACCCUAUUUGUGUUUGUGGAAAUUCACUUUCUUCAACAGCGGCUGUAGCACCUUUAAUGUGUAAUAACACUUGUCCUGGAAAUUCAUCAGCGACAUGUGGUGGUACAAACGUAUACGAAUUUUAUUACGCACCACCUGGAACUACAUUCCCAAGUCAAAGUAGUUAUUACACGGGUUGUUUAACCAAUUCCGGUACUGGUUUAAUUCAACAAUCAUUCUACAAUUUCCAAUCUUAUUCGUUAACAACCGAAAUUUGCGCUCAAGCUUGCGUCAAUCGUAAUUCGACUUGGUUCGCAACUGUCCUUGGUAUGAAAUGUUAUUGUGGUUCAGUUUAUAAUAUCGGAAACGACACCUACGCACCACCGGACGCCUGUUCAUAUAAAUGUUCAGGUAAUUCUUCAGAAAUCUGUGGUGAUUUAUAUCGAUCAAGUGUUUACAAUCUUACGAAUUCCGAUUUCAGCGUUUCGGUCAGAAAUCAUCCUGCAGGUUGGCAAGGUUGUUACGCGAAACCAAGUUCAGGUUUAGCUUUAAGUUCUUCUUCUUGGACUUCAACUUCGAUAACACCACAAUCUUGUAUGGAAGGUUGUAACGUUUUGAAUUAUAAAUAUUCAGCAGUCGAUUCCGGUAAAGUCUGUUCUUGUGGUAAUACUACGAAUUUAGGACAAGAAUUACCAGCAUCACAAUGUAACACACCUUGUUCAGGUAAUUCAAGUUUAACUUGUGGUGCAAGUUUAGCUCUCGAACUUUAUCUAUCAUCAUAUUCACCUGUCACAGCGGCACAAGCUGCAGCUCAACAUCCAUCGAAUUGGUUAGGAUGUUACGUCAGUUCAGGUUCAACCGUAGCUUUAUCGACAUAUUCAUAUACUUCAACAGUUAUGACUGUAGAACUUUGUAAACAAGCUUGUGCAAGUUUCAAAUAUUCUUAUUCCGGUGUCAGUAAUGGAAAUACAUGUUCUUGUGGUCCGACAGCUCCAACAACUACCGUAGUAGGUCCUUCGAAUUGUAAUACGAAAUGUCCCGGAAAUUCAACGGAAACUUGUGGAUCUUCUUCUUAUAUGGACGUUUAUAACGUUACGGCAAUCGCUGCGAAUAACGGUACGGGUAGUAAUUCAGCGGCAUACAAAGGUUGUUAUCAAGAUUAUGGUGGAAAAGGUUUAACAGCAUACACUUUUAAAUCGAGUAGUAUGACAACGGAAAUGUGUAGGACAGGUUGUGCUUAUUUGGGUUACACUUUAUCAGCUACAGAAAACGCAAAUCAAUGUUAUUGUGGUAAUUCUUGGGCGGGAGGUGCUCAAUUACCCGAUUCUUCUUGCACAAGUAAAUGUGUUGGUAAUACCACGGAGAUUUGUGGUGCACCUUCGAUAUCAAGUUUAUACGAAACCGUCGGAGCUCCAGCUUAUCCUCCACGUAUCGACCAAUGGUUAGGUUGUUAUAUCGAUAAUUCAGGUUCACGUACUUUACCUGCGUAUUAUUACAACUCUGCCAACGCCAUGACCGUCAACGUUUGUAGGACUUCUUGUACUCAAAAGGGUUAUACUCUUGCUGGACUUGAGAAUGGUAAUCAAUGUUUCUGUGAUAACGCACAAACAUCAACUCAACUAGCACCCAUCACACUCUGUACAUCCCCUUGUACAGGUAACGCCACCGGUAUCUGUGGUGGAUCCGGUACUAUCGAUAUUUACAACGCUACCGGUGCAGCCGCCAAAUCCAAUGGAUUAAGUGGAUACCUCGGUUGUUAUUCAGACUGGGGAACCACAAACGAUUAUUCACUCUACUCGGACGUUCUCACUACAGAAAUGUGUGAACAAAUCUGUGUCGCAAGAGGAUUCCGUUACGCCGCCACUCGAUCUGGUAAUCGUUGUCAAUGUGGUGCGAAAAUGUCACAAACAUUAGUUUUAACAGCAAAUUGUAAUCUUCAAUGUCCUGGUGCAAGUAACGAAACUUGUGGAUCCGAUACUACCGUUUCAGAAUACGAUUUGACUCAAACCGAUGUCAGAACACCAAACAUUGAUACGUCUUCGAAUUCAACAGGAUUCGUCGGUUGUUUCCAAAAGAUAAACGGACCUGUUUUAGAUAAUCUUAUCAUUACAGGAACCAUGACAACUGAAUUAUGUGUUUCUUCUUGUGGUCAAUUAGGUUAUACAUUUGCUGGAACAUAUUCUUCAAAAAAUUGUUAUUGUGGAAAUACUUUAAAUUAUACGACAUUCGAUUAUCGUCAAGCACCUUCAACUUGUAAUAGUGUUUGUUCUGGUAAUUCAUUACAAUUCUGUGGUGCUUCCGAUAAAUUAUCAGUAUAUGACGUUAAGAAAACUGGUAUAAAAGCAGCUUCGACAACUACAGAAGGAUAUAAAGGUUGUUACGCACCUGGAACUCAAGUAACUUCACCAGCAUAUUCAUACAAUUAUUAUCUCAUGACGACCGAUUUAUGUCGUCGUAUUUGUCAUAAUAAAGGUUACGCAGUAGCAUCUCUUAAUAACGGAAGAGUUUGUACUUGUUCCGCAAGUCCUUUAUACGGUGGUGUACAACCUUUAUCACAAUGUGCAACGACAUGUCCUGGAAAUACAACACAAAUUUGUGGUUCUUCGACAUACGUUUCUAUUUACGAUACGACUGGUCCUGGAUCUUAUCCACCAUCAAAUUUAGGUACCAACUUCGUAGGAUGUUAUUCACAAACGGAUACUUCUGGUGCUACUGUACUCAACACUUAUUCUUACACUUCGGCAGCAAUGACACAAACAAUGUGUAGUUCGAUUUGUAAAAAUCAAAAUCUACCCAUAUUCGGUGUUCAAGGUAAAAUGUGUUAUUGUGGUUCUUCAUUACCACCUACUCAACUUACCGAUUCUGCUUGUGGUUGGGCAUGUAAUGGUGCUUCGACUGAGAAAUGUGGUGGAAGUGGUUUAUUAUCCGUUUUCAACCUCAACUUGGCUGGAUAUAGUGCUUCACCGAGUAGUAGUACUUCGAAAGCUGUUUCAAGUUCUUCUUCAAGUAUCAAAGUUUCAUCUAGUUCAGCUAUCGUUUCUUCUUCCAAAGCAAGUUCUUCAGUGGUGUCGACUUCGACUUCUAAAGCUUCUUCCGCGGUACCAACUUCAACUUCGACUUCGAAAGCAAGUUCGGCAGUUGCUACUUCAACUUCUAAAGCAAGUUCAGCAGCGGUCAGUAGUUCGAAAGCUUCCACCGCUAAAGCUGCUUCUUCCAUAACUGAAGGUUCUGAACCAAUCGUUUCGUCUACGACUUCCAUCACUUCCACAACUUCUAGUGUCGCUCCAACCAGCACCAGUACCAGUUCAAGCGUAGUCGUCACUUCCUCUUCCUCAUCUUCCAGUUCCAGUUCCAGUUCUUCGAGCUCUUCAUCAAGUGUCGCACCAACUUCAACUUCAACAUCAACUUCUAAAGUAGUAGCAUCAAGUACGACAUCUUCCGCACCAGCAGCAACCAACACCGAUUCAACUUAUGUCGGUUGUUACGUUGGUUCAUUAUCAAACGUCGGUUCAGCCAACAUGACAUGUUCUUCCCUAGUACCAACAAUGUGUAAACUUUGGUGUGAAGCGAAUAAAUAUACUUAUUCAGGAAUGAACAAUGGAGAUUAUUGUGGUUGUACAAACUCUUUGAGCGGUUUGACAAAGACGGCAGAUGCGGUUUGUAACACUCCUUGUGUUGGUGAUAAUUCGGUCGAUUGUGGUUCCGCAACAGCUAUAAGUGUUUACAAGAGUCAAGUUUCAGGAGUAACAUUUUCAAAAAGAGAGGCGGAAGUAGAUUCGGAAUUGGAGAUGGAUAAAAGGACGAAGAAAUUUGAUCCUCAUCAUGCUCGAAGGAGACAGAUGACUUUUUAAAGAGGAACGGGAACGUUUCUUUUGUGAGAGAGAGAGAUUGUCUUUUGUUGGAAUCGACUUGUUGUCUGAUGGAAAGUGGUUGUUUGGAUUGGGUGUUUGAAUAGGGACAGGUGUUUGGUGUUUGAAUAGGGACAAUUGGAAGUAAGAGGGAAAGAGAAAUAGUUAAUCUAUUGUAUCAUUUAGGUCUUGCUUAAGACGGCAAGAAAAAAUAAGUGUUUUAAAUUACCAUCUUUAUCGAUCUUUUUAUAGAGAGAUUCCUUGACGCAGGAUCGUCGGGAAAAUAUGCAUGGUAGUGUAAUUGC